ACACGUUAUAGAAGCCUUUUGGCUUCUGUUCCUGUGGGAACAUUCCUGGUUGCAGCUCCACCGAGUGUAGGGAAGCUGUACCUUUUGCACCGACGGUUAUUUCCUAGUUUGGCUGCAAAAAAAAAAAAAAAAAAAAUGCCUGAAGGACCAGAGCUCCACCUGGCCAGCCUGUUUGUGAACAAGGUGAGUGAUGGAGUUGUGUUUAGUGGGCCGGUCAGGAAAUCCGAGGUCAGCAAAAGUCCUGAUGUGCCCUUCACUUGUGAGGCAUAUCGCAUCACUGCCACCUCCAGAGGGAAGGAAGUGAAGCUCACACUGACGCCCAUCAAGAGUGAUGAGCCCGAAAAGAGGACAAAAUCAGGACAGGCGGAACAGCCCAUGGACAUAGUCUUUCGCUUUGGGAUGUCGGGCUUUUUCCGCUUCACUGGAGAGGAUGAUCUUCCCAAACAUGCCCAUCUGCGGUUUUAUACCAAAGAGACGCCCUGCAGAGUGCUCAGUUUUGUGGAUGCACGCAGGUUUGGCGGCUGGCAGCCCGAUGGAACAUGGCAGCCUGACAGAGGGCCUUGCAUCAUGUUUGAGUACAAAAGCUUCAGGGACAACAUUUUGUCACACAUAUCCGACCGUGCCUUUGACCGGCCAAUUUGUGAAGUCCUGCUGAAUCAAAAGUACUUCAACGGUAUUGGGAACUACCUGAGAGCUGAAAUACUUUACAGGUUAAACAUCCCACCGUUUGUUUCUGCCCGGGAGGUCCUGGAAGGCCUUGAGUCAGACGAUUUGCUCGAGAAUGAGAAACCUCUGAAGAAUGAGAUUGCAGACGCCAAGACUUCAGAGAAGGUUCAAAAGAAAAUGAAACAAGAGGAAGGUGACCUGAUCCGGCUUUGUCACACAGUACCCCUGGAAGUGAUCGGCCUAGGUGGUAAGGGCUAUGAUCCUGAGAAGGCAGAUUACUCUGCAUUUAAGGCGUGGCUGCGGUGUUACUACGUAGAUGGAAUGAAAUCUAUCAGGGACCACAAUGGCAGAACUAUGUGGUUUACGGUGAGUAAAGUAAACUUUAUUGUAAAUCUUUGUCAGACAAUGUACCGUACUUGCACUAAUAUCCACUGCUCUGGUUUUCAGGGAGAUCCAGGCUCCAUGGCACCCAAAAAUUCAAAGUCACCCAAACCAAAAAAGAGAGCCAAAAAAGAAGACGACGACCAUGACUACACAACCAAGACAAAGGUUUCCAGAAGUCGGUCUGACGGCGCGAGGAAGAAGGUAGUCAAACAGGAAAGUGAGACCAAAACAAAGAAGAAAGAAAAGACCGUACAUCCGAAGGAAGCUCCUUCAGGGAGAAGCAAGACUAAGAAGAAACAGGAAGAAAACACACAGCAACGUAAAACAAGAGCAAGCACACGUAGGCGGGAAAGCAGCAGCGCGGAGCCAGCGACAGGUCUACAGGGACGAAGUGGGAGAGGGAGCAGGAAGGGCGGCAAAUAAAAACCACCGAGGGACAGUUUUUAUACUUUUAUACUUGGAAAUACUUUCGAAUAAAGAAAUAGUUUUUACAAAA